AUGCCUACCGCUACAAGUGAAUCAACAUUUUUAGAUAAGACAGUAACAGUUUCACCAUUGGUACUUUUAUCUGUUGUGGACCAUUAUAAUAGAGUUGCCAAAGAUUCGAAGAAAAGAGUAGUUGGUGUAGUUUUGGGAGAUAAUUCUUCGGAUACUAUUAGAGUUACGAAUUCAUAUGCCAUUCCUUUUGAAGAAGACGAAAAAAAUCCAAGCGUUUGGUUCUUGGACCACAAUUUUAUAGAAUCGAUGGGGGAAAUGUUCAAAAAAAUCAAUGCUAAAGAAAAGUUAAUUGGCUGGUAUCACUCAGGACCAAAAUUGAAACCUUCUGAUUUAAAAAUAAAUGAUGCUUUCAAAAAAUACACUCUGAAUCCAUUGUUAUUGAUUGUUGAUGUCCAACCUAGAGACGUUGGUAUUCCAACAGAUGCGUAUUAUGCGGUUGAUGAUAUAAAGAACGAUGGUUCAGCGGCAGAAAGAACUUUUGUUCACGUUCCAUCCUUAAUCGAGGCUGAAGAAGCGGAAGAGAUUGGUGUGGAACAUUUGUUGAGGGAUAUUAGAGAUCAAGCAGCAGGUAAUUUGUCAUUGAGAGUUACUCAAAGUUAUCAAUCUUUACUAGGAUUACAUCAAAAACUAAGAGAAAUUGCCAACUACUUAGAUAAGGUUUAUCAAAAGAAAUUGCCUAUAAACCACACAAUCUUGGGGAAAUUACAGAAUGUUUUCAACUUAUUACCAAACUUAUCUAAUACUGACAUAAAUACUUCCAGCAAAAUAAUUGACAGUCAAGUUCCUAACCAAUCUACAAAUCCUUUAUCAACUGCUUUUACGAUUAAAACUAAUGAUGAAUUGAUGAUGGUUUACGUUAGUACCUUAGUGAGGGCAAUUAUUGCAUUCCAUGAUUUAAUUGAAAAUAAGUUGGAGAAUAAAAAGCUAAACGAAAGAAAGCCAGAUGACUCUAACCUUGAAGCAGACGCGGCUGAUGUCCCUACCUCAGAUACUACUGAAGAUAAACCUAUGAGUACUUAA